UUGUCAUUCUGAACAUAAUCAUUUCGUGUUGUAAUUUCCAUAGUUUUAAUCGUUAACUACCUGUAAUGCUUGUAAUUUUAUUCGAGUUCCUCGGGUUUAUAUUGCAAAUGCUAUGAUAUAGGUAAACUAAGAGUAUACAACGGGAAUUUAUAUAAGAUGGCAGAUCAAUUGUUAAUUCAUGACGACAUCAAGUUGUACACAACGUCUGAUAAGUUUUACUUUGAACCAACAAUUAAUCCAACAGAAAUUUUGGUGAUCGAUAGAAUUACUGGAGAGACAGCUGUUAAAGAUAUAAAUGCAGUGAAGAUACCUAUACCUCCAAAUGCAUACAAACCAGUAUGUGGGUUCCUUGGUUCCAUUAAGCUCAUAUCAGGAUUAUAUUUAGUCGUUGCUAAAUAUCGGAUAUUGGUAGGCAAAAUAAAUGGUCAAGAUAUAUAUGAAUUGGCGGGCACAGAUAUUAUACCUUAUUCACGGUCAACCACCCAUUUGACCAAUAAACAGAUAGAAGAUAAUAAUACUUAUGAACGUAUGCUCAAGUUAGCGUUACAGACGCCUGGUAUAUAUUUCUCAUAUGGAUAUGAUUUGACGCACACAAUGCAGCGAUUGCAUUCGGUUCCACCAGAUUUCCAUAAGAUGUCGCUGGCCAGCCGUGCGGACUCCCGCUUCCUAUGGAAUGGUCACCUCCUCAAAGACUACUCCCACCAACAGUUUGCGAGAUUUGCUUUACCGAUUAUUCAGGGAUUUGUGGCAAUUAACCGCGUGACGGUGAACGGUCAUCAGCUCUCGUGGUCGCUGGUGUCGCGGCGGAGCGUGGACAGAGCCGGUACGAGGCUGUUCAUGCGUGGAAUCGAUGCCCAGGGCAAUGUAGCAAAUUUCGUAGAAACCGAGCAAAUAGUUGAGCGUGGAGGGGAGAAGUCAUCCUUUGUCCAGACCCGAGGCUCAAUCCCUCUGUUCUGGACCCAGUACCCAAACCUCAAGUACAAGCCGGCGAUGGCGCUUUCGUCUGAGGAUCACGUCGCCGCUUACACCAGGCAUUUAAGAGAUCAGCUCCAGAAAUAUGGAAACCAAGUUCUGCUUAAUUUGAUCGACCAGCACGGCAAGGAGGAGUCGCUGGAGCGCGGCUACCGCGCGGCGGUGGCGGCGGCCGCGCUGCCCGCCGUGCGCUACGAGCCCUUCGACUUCCACGCCGAGUGCCGCGGCAUGCGCUACGACCGCCUCGCCGUGCUCAUGGACCGCGUCGCGCACGAGCAGACUGAAUUCGGUUACUUCCUGUCCCGAGGAGGCACGGUCCUCCUUCGCCAAAGUGGCGUCUUCCGUACCAACUGUGUGGACUGCUUGGAUCGAACCAACGUUGUGCAAAGUCUCCUAGCCAAGAGACAGCUCAGUGCUGUGCUAAGACUGCUGGCGGUGAUUACCGCUGACGAUCAACACCCACAUUUGGAUGAAUUGUUUAACUCUGUAUGGGCGGAUCAUGCAGAUAUGAUAUCAACUCAAUAUUCAGGCACGGGAGCCCUAAAGACGGAUUUCACCAGAACGGGCAAGCGUACACGACUCGGUUUGCUGAGGGACGGGAUCAAUUCCCUCACUAGAUACUACAAGAAUAACUUCAGUGACGGUUUCCGACAGGAUUCGCUGGACUUGUUCCUUGGCAAGUAUGUCAUAGUCGAAGGCGAGGGCAACACGGCCCUUUGUCCACUACGUCGCCAUAGAGACUGGAAAUACUUAACAUUCCCGUCGGUGCUGCUGGUGGCGGUGUCGAUGUUCUGCGCGAGUGCUGCUCUGCCCACGCGUGGGAACACGGAGCUGCUGCUCUACCUCAUGUUCUGGGGAGCCGCCGUCGGGGCCACGCUGUCUUUCAUAUUCAAACACGGCGCGGAGUACGUGGACUGGCCGCGCCUGGACAGCUCGCUGGUCGCGUCGCGCGCGCCGCCUCCGUCCUCCUUAUGAUCCGAGACCUGCCGCUCGUAGUCGUCGUCUGACAGCCGACAGAGGAACUGGUACCUUCUUGACUUCUUUUGAUACAUUUCAGAUCUAUACUCGCAUCGAAUGUACUCACUUACGGCUCCCUUUAGAGAUUUUUGGAUGUGUUCGAUUGUAUAUUCGUAAAUUUUGUCACACAAAAAUGCGAAGACAUACCGAGGGUGACGUGUGACGUCCAAUUAAAAAAAAAGACAUGUUCUAAUAUGCAAAGUAAAUAAUUUCUUUUUUUUUUGGGCGACAAAAUUUACGGAUGGUACAAAAAAAAUUUAAAUUCUGAAUAAAUAAUAUUUGUCCUUAAAACUCAACUCCAUUGUCAAAAAUCAAAUGCAAUUGUCAAACAUACUUUUUAAAGAAUUUCAGAUCUUGAAAGCUUCUACGUCAGACCAAUUGAAAAUAAAUAAGCAAGCCUCUUAAAAUAUUAAAUAUUUUGUGAUAAUUAUAAAUUGAAUACAUUAUUGUGUUAUACAUUUAAAAACAAAUCGUUCCACAUUCAAAUUUGUCAACGAUUUUUAUUCUUCGAGUUAUUGUCACUAAUUGUAUUGUACACGGAUAGUGCUAUCUCUUUCAUUUGUGUGUGUUGAAAAGAGAUAGCAUGUACUCUAUUGAAGAUAUCGUGUACAAUAGAAUUGAAAUAAUGUAUGGUUUUGGAUAUAUUUAGAUAGUCCUCAUAAUUAAUGACAUUUAAUGUUUAAAUUGUUAAACUAUAUUUCAAGUAAGCAUCCUACUAUCUGAAUUUCAUAGGGUUUUGUCAUAUGUAUCAUAUUUUCAAUUUACUAAGCAACGAAAUCAACUUAAAAUUUAAUAUAUGUAUUGUCCAGUAAUUUGUACAUUCGAAAAUAAAUACUAAACUAUCAAUGAUUAUUUCCAACAUUCAUUCACAGCUUCGAGAUUGAUCUACAAAUAUUUUCUAGAAUCUAGAAAUAAAUUAUAAUUCUGAUACUCGAAUGUGAAUCUUAUAAUUGACUAAUUAGAGUGCAUUUUCAUGUUUACCUCUUUAAUAUUAUCGCUUUAAUUAUAGAAGCUAUUUAUCCUUGAUGCACUUUCUUGUGAUAAAUGUUGAAUCCAUUCCAUAAAAACUUAACUAACUAUAUUUGGUUCACUAUUGUUGUCAAUUCAGAGAUGUUUUAAGCUGGUAAGCAGACGAGGCAAUGUUAUCUGAGAUACUGGAACUGUGAAAAGUGUAAACCAUUCUUAAUACCGUCAAUGUUCGAAGCGUCAAUAGCGCAGUUAACGGGCCGCCUUGCGAUGUAAAAAGUCGUAGGAUCGAUCCUGAACUCUUGGGCUAUUGUCGUCCCCACUCCUAAAACAAGCGAUAAGCUUAAAAAGAGGGGUAAAUAGGUAUAUUAUUAAUUUGUUGCAUUGCUAUUAUAAUUUUUUCAGCUAUGUGAUCUAUUAAUAUUUUUGCCUCAUGCAUAAACCUCUACUAGUGGAUUUUAAGUCAUAAGUUAAAUAUCUGGUUUUUUGCAAGCUUAAGAUCACUAUUCAACUAAGAGGGUUUGAAAAAUACAGCGUUAUGCCAUAUCGCAUUAAUCCAUAUCUAAUUUUGGGGUCGUUUCACCAAAAAAUAAAAAAAAACUUUCGGUACUGAAAACUGCAAAUAAUAUUAUUAUUAUUAUAGACCUAAUUAAAAAUUAAUUAAAUUGGCACCAAAAACAGUUAUGGGCAUGUGUGGUUUAAAACAGACGGCAAUAGUUGGUAAUUCAUUGUAAGUGAACCAAAUAUAUGUUAUGUUAGUAGCUGAAAUAUAAUAGAAGAUUUAACAUACUUUGUGGCAUAGGGUCUAUGCUAUUUGCUUAUAGGAAAAAAAAAAUUGAACAAAAUGAAAUGUUGUGAAGUGUAUUAGUACGGACAGAAGGCUAAUGUUUCACAUAAAUAUGUAUUAGAUAAUUAUCAGAACUAGAUAUAUUAUGCCAAAUUAGAUUUUUUUUUGAUAAAAACUAAUAAGUUACAUAUUUAUUUAAAUGUUUAUGUGAAACAUUUUUUACAUUAAAUGAUUAGACGACACGCGAGCUGGCAUUAUGAUAUCUUUAGAAAUAACAUGAGCUAAUCUAUAUUUUUAUAUCAAUUUUUAAUUUCACAUAAUAUUAAUUCAAUUCACGAUCGAAACUGAAUUGUAAUUAUAUAUGUGUCAUAUUAAAAUAAAAAA